AUGAUGAGAGAUGAUAAGGGAUACCGGACACAUAAUCAAACGUGCUUGUCACUAGGCACACCAUGGAUUAUCUUCAUUCGGUUACAGAUUACUCUUUUUGGCUCUUGCUUUGAAGUGCUGGCAAGAGGAUUUACCGAAAGAGCUCAUUCAACAAAAACACCAUCAAGUGAUCAACCUGGCUGUUUCCCUGUUUCGAUAAAUCUUCUUACGGUGAUGAAGAUUUCGAAAUUUCAUCCAGAUAGUUCUUGUGAACCUUCUUCCGCUCAGUUAAAUUAUCAACAUCAUAGUUUAAGUAAUUCCAACCAAGAAAGAACAUUAGAAAUCGAAUGGGAAAAAGAAAAAGAAAGGGAAUCAGAAAUCGAUUCAUCAAAUCAUCCACUUCAUCCUAAUCUUUUAUCUAGAUUGAAUGUAUUCUUAUCUGUUGCUGAUCCUGCUUCUGUCAGUAAUCAUGCUGGUCAAGUGGUAGGUAACACUCCACAAGCCGGUGGUUUCUUUUCUAAUCCAAGUACUACUCCUCUGGCUACUACUCCCAUCACUACGCCUAUUCCAACUGUACCUAAUCUCAAUACAUUUGUACCUCCUACUUCUCAAUUACAAUCCACACCAUCGAUUGAAGCACCCUUUCAUCAUGGAGCAUCAGAAUCGAAUGAGACCUUACUUCCGACUGGUGCGAUCAUUGGAAUUGUGAUAGGAUUGAUCUUGAUCUUUAGUCUUGUACCACUCGUUUGUUUAUAUUUUCAUCGUCGAAAACAAAAAGCCAACAAAUUAAAGAAUCAUGAAUCGUUUUUUAAUAAUCCGAUUAUCAAUUCUACACUGAUACCUAAUCCAUCAAAUAUACCAAUCACUAAUCAAGUAGAUGAAUAUCAUUUUAGAGGAACUCCUUUUCCGAUUGGAAUUCAAGAACAUGAUUAUCCUAAGAUCAAUCAUAUAGAUUCAAAUCAUUCGACUCAUUCUCAUUCUCCAAGAAGAUUUGAUCGGCUUCAACGAAAUUCUCAUCAUACGAGUAUUUCUUCAUUCAAUCGAUUUCAUCAUCAUGAUCUUAAUGUACAUAAUCAAAACAAUGGUAGAAUUGAUCAAGAGUUACCUAUUCCUUUACAAGUUACUGACCAUUCAUCUCAAUCACCAGACGUACAUUCAAGAAACCAAGAUUAUAUACCAAACCAAUAUGACUUACCUAUCUCUAUAAACAUGUCUAAUCAUCCAAUUCAACAACCAUCACAUCCUAGAGAAGAAUAUCAUAUACCUAUCCAUAUGGAAUCAAUUGAUGCGAUCCAUCAAGACGAUAUCCAAAGUAGAGCUCAAUAUCAUUUACCUAGUUCGAUGGAAGUGAAUCAUCAUAACGAACAAGAACCACUUGCUAUUGAAGAGUUCUUAUCGCUUUCGAUGCAAAUCUCAAUUGAUCCACCUCGAGAAGGAGAAGCAGAAGAAGAAGAACAACUCGGAUCUCCGGUCUAUCGUCUGGGACAUUCGUCAUUUGAUCCUGAUGAGAGUCAGACCAUGAGAUUUCCAUCACAUCUUGAUCUUCAAUUUCCAGAAGAAGUAGUGAUCAGAAACGGACCCCAAAUGGAUGCUAAAUUUUCGGAUCGACCAAGUUCAGUACAACGAAUCGUUUCACAAAUCGCUACUACCGAACAAAGUUUUGAAGAAUUAAAUUUAUUUAAAGAAUCAAAGAAACAACUUUCUUCUAAAUACCCUUCGACUGUUUUACAAUCAUCUACAGUUUCUGAAGAUGAAAUUACUAAAAAAAUCAAUCAAACACUCAAAGACAUUCAAGUACCUAAAGAAAUUUCAGUACCUAAAGAAAUUCAAGUACCUAAAGAAAGGAAUCUAGGAAGAACCAAGGAAGGGAGUGAUAAGAACCCAUCUACUACGACUACAACAAAUACUUACCAAGGAAGCUACCAAACCGAACACCAGUUCCGAUUAGAACCUUGA